GAGCAAAGAAAAAACACAUAGCCAAGCCGGUCAGACGACGUGCGAGGCAGAGGAGAGGAGGAGGAGACAGGAUUCAGGAACCCGCGAGACGACGAAGCAGGAAGAAGCCAGAGGCGCUCUCCAAUCCAAGCAUGAGGUCGUCGAUUAACCGGCCGCCGACGCCGGACCAGGAAGAGGAGGAGGAGGAGGAGGAGGUAGGGAAGGAGGCUUCUCUCGGAGACAUCAUCAACCUCAAGUUGGUGGAGAGCGGCGAGAAGGAGCGGCUGAUGGAGCUUCUCCGGGAGCGGCUCGUCGAGUGUGGCUGGAGGGAUGACAUGAAGGCUCUCUGCAGGGCCUAUGCAAGGAAAAAGGGAAGAAAUAAUGUAACAUUAGAUGAUCUUAUUCAUGUUAUUACUCCAAAAGGAAGAGCCUCGGUGCCCGACGCGGUGAAGGCAGAGCUGCUGCAGCGCAUCCGAUCAUUUCUCAUGUCUUCCUCGCUUUGGUAGCCCAUGUAUCAUACCGAUCGGAAGGCGCGUGUAGGAAGCUGGAGGCAUCGAUCUUAGAACGUGUAACGCUUCAGGGAAGGAAGCUGCAAAUAUCGACAUAAAAUGGAUCUGGUGAUGUGGUCGUGGUUCCUGGUCAGGCAUGUGGUUGGUCCUGUCCUCCGACUGUACCAUUACCACACUGUAUCCGUAGUGCCAACCUCCCGCUUUGCAACGCUGCAUUGCGCUGUCGCUUCGAAUGCCACCUGGUAAUCUUAAUUAGAGAACUCAGAAUCAAUGCGUCUGGUAGUACUCGUGCGUCUCAUGUCAAACCUGAUUGAGUGAUCUUCAUUAGGGACCAACAAGAACAGACGCCACUUUGUCAUUGUAUUGUGAAGGCCUUAUCUGAUACUCGUAUUUUCCGUGUGCUCCUUUAUUGAUCGUUACAUGUGUGUGCUGCGAAAA